GCUGCUAACUCAUAUGCACACAAUUUAUUAUGGGAACUGCUCUUCUCUACUCACAAUGCAAUUUCAAAUAAGAUCGAGUAGAACUCGCAAUAGAAUACAAAUUGACAUAGAAAAAUUCUAAAGAGAUAUUUUUAGAAUGAGAGGACCUCUUUGGAAUGCAGUUGACAACAACUUGGUACCCAAAAGAAUUCAAGAGCAACAUAAACUACAUAUGAAUUUUCUAAAUAAAUUUUCUUUACAAUCUUAAACUUGUAUUUUAGAGAAUAAGCUUGAGGAUUUUUAAGAUUAGGCAAUUAAUAACAUUUUUCUACACCUUUCGGUUAAGACUUUAAUUCACUAGCAUGCAGUACAAGAGGAAUUGCGCAGGAGCCAAACACAAAUCCGUUGAAAAAAUGGCGUCCGGGUCAUGUUGCUGGGGGAAUCUCGUUGCAUUGAAGAUGUUAGAAGAUGGAUCGUUUGAGCAAGGGGAUGCAGUUCAGCUGAUGAAAAAUGAAGUAACAAUUGGACGCCUGCAAGCCUGUGAUGUUGCACAUACUGAAAAUAAACUCCUUUCUGGCUGUCACUGCAGGCUAAUUCACAAUUCUGAUAAUGGAAAGAAGUAUCUUCUUGACACAAGCAAAAAUGGAACAUUGGUGAAUAACAGAAAAGUGAAAAAUGGAAUGACUGAAAUCUCUGAUGGAGCUAUAAUCAGUUGUGUUCACAAAAAAAAGGAACCAGCAAAUGAUGUCACAUACAUUUUCAAAGACCUAAGCCCUCCUGAAAUCAAUGUUCAAGAAAGAAAUUUGGAUAUUAAUUGCACCCAAGAAUAUGAUUGUGAUGCUGAUGAAAAUGUCGAAGAAUCGUCUGUUUCAGAGAAAAAAAGAAAGAGUAACUUGAACACAGAGGAUGGUAUUCAAAGCAAAAUCCCUCGAAUUGACAGCAGCUGCAGAGCAAAAUCAUUGGAACCUACGAGUGAAAAGAUAAAGGAAAAUGAUCGGGAAGUUGAGGAAAACUUAACUUGCGGUAUCUGUCAGGAUAUUUUCCACGAAUGUGUAAGUGUUCAGCCCUGUAUGCAUUCAUUUUGUGCUGCUUGCUACUCUGGUUGGAUGUCUCAGUCAAAAAUUUGUCCAACGUGUCGUAAAAGUGUAAAACAAGUUGGUAAGAACCAUAUAUUAAACAAUCUUGUCGCUGCUUUCCUGAAGAAGCACCCAGAGUGUCAAAGAGCAAAGGAAGAACUGGAUGAGAUGAAUAAAAAGGAUCUUAUCAAAGGACAAACAGUGAAAGUUCAAAACGCAUUUGGAGAUGACAGUCAUUUCAAUGCAAGCCAGGAUUACGACCUAGAGGAAGACGAGGAUGAGGAUUAUGAAGAUGAUGACUAUGAAGACAAUGAUGAUGAUGAUGAUGACCUCACUGUCGCUUUCCACCAGCCAGCCAUUCCUUACCCGCACAUUUUAGCAAGAGUACCUAGCUUAUUUUCUCGUCCUGCUGAUGCGCGUUGUAGACAGUGUCCAAACUUUAAUUCACAGAGCAAUUCUUCACAAGGAAACAAUGAUGUCCCUGCUGCUGGUUUUACUUGCUCCCUAAACCAAGUCCACAUUUUGUGCAGCUGUUGCAAUCAGUGCUUCCCUGAUCGAAGAGGCACGGUUUUGUCAGCGAAAAAAGCUGGUGCUGCAAGUAAUGCAUCACAACCUUCAGAAAAAAUAAACAUGGAUAUUCAGUGUACAGCAUGUGGAAGGCUUUAUUGCAAUCUGUACUGGGGAUGUAGGAAACCUGGCUGCCUAGGCUGUCUGAACAAAUUCGAAGAUUUCAACUUUGGAGCUGCCUGUCUUUCGAGAAUUCUCAAUAAUAAUGAAUUUGAAUCAACCGUUUUAAAGAAUUAUCUAGCUCAGAAAAGCAUUGGUGUCAAAGAUUUACUAAAGAUCUGUGUUGAAAAGCUGCAAAGUAAAGAGUUUGUCUGCCCUUCAAGGCCAGAUCUUACAGCAAAUGAUAUCGUGUGCUUUAGCUGUGGUCUCCGUUACUUCAAAGAACUAACCUAUCAGUAUCGAAGUCAUAUACCUGAAGGAGAACUUCCAGUCGAAGUUAUGAGAAGAGACAAAUGUUACUGGGGUAAAAAUUGUAGGACGCAACAACACAACAACAAUCAUGCAAGCCGCUUCAAUCAUAUCUGUGAGCAGACAAGAUUUGUUUGAAACUGUUCCCGAAGGAAUAUCCCUCUUGUUAUUUAAAAGAAUUUUAGGUCUAUAUUAAUUUCAAUUAGAAAAAAUGUCUACAGUAAGGAAAGAAAGAAAGUUUCCGAACCAUUUGCAGCUUCGUUGCAGAGAAAUCUUUGCAAAAGACAUGUUAUAGAAAUGUCACCACUAUCCUUUUUUACUAGAAUUUAAACUCUUUUUAUGUGUGUUCUGUUACUUAAUUGUUUCCACUAUUCAUUAUUGACAGCUUUUCGUGUGUUGUAUAUAUUAAUUUUUUUAAGUUGGUUAUUUAUAUUCAUGUCAUGCGUAUUUUAUUGUAAAUCAACGUGCUCUCUAUAAGUAUUUUCAUCUCAAGAAUCGCCAAUGUCAUCAACAUCAGUAAACCCCAGCAGCGCUCUAAGUCCCAAAUUAUAUAUCCAGCUGUUAAUUAUUUCUCAUCUAUCAUGGUCUAUUUUCAUUCAGUUAGAUUACUAGCACUUGAAAACCUUAAAAAGCUUAAAUUGAAGUUUACUGGAGAAUUAUUUAUCUAAAAGUCAUGCAUUACACACAAGAAACGUUCCCUAUAUCCCUAAAAUUAGAACUGUCAAUUAUAUCAUCCAAUUUCUGUGCUUCUUGAGGCUCAAGGUCUGGAACUCUUUUCCUGACGAAACAAAAUUAUCCUCAUUGAAAAUACUUGCCAAGAACUGAUUUCGUUAUGAUAUGGAAAUAUUCAGUCUGCAAUCAAUAGUUUCCUUUAUGCAAUCUCUAUUACUGCUUUAUGUUAGUAUGCAUUAUUAUCCUUACUUUUGUAACUCUAGCAUUCAGAAAGGUUGUUAUUGCUAUUGAUAUCCCGAUUUUGGCUUUGAUUUGAUUCCCAAUUUAACGUCAGUCUUAGCAGUCACGUGUCGAUUUGCUAUCCCCUAUUUGUAAAUUUUAUCUCGGAUGAUUUUUUAAGGUUUAUGAACACAAAAUUGUCAUUGCAUUGAAGUCAACACCGUCCUUGGUCAUUACCAAAAUCAUAGCCACAACAUCACUUCUUACGCAAUAAACAAGCUUUAAUAUCACUGCUUCUUAAAACACCGUUACACCAUGUUACCAUGGCUUAAAUUGUUGCUGGGAUGCGCUCAUAUAGACAAACGGCUUACAGGAGCUUAUUGACACAGUUUUGAUGUUUAGUUCAUACUUUGUUAAGGGAUCUACGUAUAAUUUAGCGUUAUUUUGUGUGUUAACUCGUCCGCCGUUUUGUAUGUAUGCUGAAACUCUUUCACUAUUUAGAAUGAGAUUAGGGUCCUCCAGUUCUUGAUUUGAUUUACGCACAGAAUCUGUGAUUUACGUCAUGGGUUGAAUGUUAUUUUAUGCAUCUGCAUUUCUGGUUGAAUACGUUUAUAGACAUUCUUGUAAACACGGAGUUCAACUAAAACAAAGUUGUAACCUUUUGUUUGCAAGUAAAAUUUGUCUUAUAUUUUUCUAAAGAAGAGGAGGAAAUAUCCUGACUCGGAAAUUUCCAUUGAAGUGCCUCUUUCGUAAAUUCAUCACCCCACCCCCCCCCCCUCUCUCCCGUCAUUUCU